AUGGCCAUGCCUCGAGGUCAGGACGUCGUCGUCAAAAGGGUGAGUGCAUGCAUGGACCAGCCGAUGCGAAGUUGCCAUCGCUUGUCUCAUGCAUGUGUGCCUCAUCCAUCCAUAACCGUGUACGUCUGUUUGUCGUCUCGAUCUGCGUGCAGAGUCUGGGCCAGAACAACGUGAACAUCCUAUACGGUGAGAGGACUGACACACACCCUCUCUCUCUCUCUCUUCUCAUGUGCUGUUAGUUGGUUCGUUCGUGUAUGUACUCAGUAGAGUCGACGGUCAUGUCGCAGCCGGCCCUCGAGGCGUGCCCGAAUGUGAUGGACUACUACGCGCUGACGACCGCGGAUGACGACUCGGAGGGCUACCUGGUGAUGCCAUACGGGGGCCAGGACCUCGCGCAGAUGCUCGAUGACCACAGACAAGCACACAUGGCUCAGAUGGUGGGUGAGAGGAGAGAUGAAUACGUAUGGGCGUGCGUGGUUUGAAGGACAGACAGACAGACAGACAGACAGCCAGACAGCCAUACAUGUAUAUGCGGCCACAGACAAGUGUUGUUCCCUCUCUCUGCAGGGUGACAUGGCGGACUACACCGGCCUGCCCGUCGGCCAGGUCAAGUCCAUCACACGCCAGCUGCUCACCGUACACCAGGCGUUCAAGGCCGCAGGCGGUAAGUAACUAAGCAAGAGAGGCAGACAGAGAGAGAGGAGAGAAGCGGGAAGACAAGUGUCUGUCUGUGUGGUUUGUUGGAACAUGCAGUGAUGUAUCGAGACAUGAAGCUCGACAAUGUCGUCAUGGACGGCAACGAACGCGUACGCGUCAUCGAUAUGGGCUGGGCCAAGGCCGUGCAGGCUCAGUGGGAUGGUGUCAACGAUCCACUGGCGGUCACCACCCAUACUUACACAUGUGUCUCUCUCUGUUUCACUCUCUCUCUCUCUCAUGCGUGCAGUGGGUUGGCGGCGUGCGGCCGGCCGAGAUGCUGCUGCAGACAGUACAACACACAGGCUGACAUCCACGCUCUCGGCCAGACGCUCUUUGAGAUGCGGUUCGGAUACACAGUGUUCACCGAGCGGAUAGUCCACGGCCAGUUGAUCGACCUCCGCAACAACCCUAUGGCGGCGCUGACGGACAUGAUCGCCAUGUACGGCGGGGCGGCAUGGUCGGCUGACCAGAAGACCCAGAUACACAACUUCCUGGUACGUACACACGUGCAAAAGGCAGCCAUUAACAAGCGAGGGAGGGACCUCAGCAUACAUGCGUAGCAAGCGAGAAUUGCCUGUCUGUGUCUCUCUGCUGCUGCUGCGUGUGUGCGUGUGCAGGGCGCUUACGCGUUGGGACCGGCCAGGACGGAGGCGCAGGUCAAGGCGUCGCUGCUCCACCGCAUGACUGCCCUCCGCCCGCAGCUGCACGUCACACCGGAGGGUGGCAUCAACCACGAAACUCAGGUGAACAGGAUAAACGCAUACAGAUGCGCAUUGUAAUGGAUGGUAAAUGGAUGUCAUGCAGCAAGAUGUCUCGAUCUUAUCGCCGUCUACAUUUUAUAUCACGGAGGACUCUUUACUCUGUGCAUCGCCCUCAUCAUGGGACUUCAUACGUGCGGCGUGCUGCCGGCACUGCUGAUGGUGGCGUUUCGGG